GAUGUGGACACUCUAUGGAGUCUCAAAAAGUCCCUUUAUUAAUAUAGAUGUCGUUUUAUAUACUAAUACAUAUCAAAUAAAAUAGUUUCUGAUUAAAAUGAAAAUAAAAAGAAUGCGAAAACUGUUAACGUUCUUGUCAAAUUACUUCAAAGAGUCAACAAACUAAGAGGAUACUUUUUUAACGAGACAAAAGAAACGUAAAGAGUUUAAAGACUAUAGAGAUCCAACAGUUUCAAAGACACCAACAGAGGCUAAAUGCGUAAGGGAUCGCUGUAGAUCCUAAAAUCUACACUAAGAAUUUGAUAGUGAUUGAGAGUUUAAUCAGGAGAAGAUAAAUGAUGUAGGCAACAAUAUCUUUAGAACACAACGAUGUAAUCAAUUUCCGGUAGGCAAAAAUGGAUUCUUAUUGAUGAAUGAAAUUGAAUACAAUGAGUAAAACGAGAUAGAACGUUACAAUUAGAUCGUUAAGAGAAAUGAUAUAAAGAUCGAUGAAAACAAGGUCGAAAUGUGGAUGUAGCGCUCUCUAGGGUUUUCAACGUGAGUCUCUCCAUGUGUGUUCUCCUCUCUUUAUAGUAGGUCGACUUCGUGAUCUCCAUAACCGUUCUGCGAUCUCGGGAACCGUUUAUAUAUAUAUAUAUAGUUUGUGGUCAAGAUUGAGAGUUCGUGGUCCGUUAAUCCUUUGUGUCUCGGAAACCGUUUAUAUAUAUAUAUAUAUAUUAUGCUUCACUGGGCGUAUCGUCUUCUUCAGUACUACAAUCUUUCUUUCUCUUUCAUCAUCUUUGGUUUUUUUUCUUUUCCUGUUUUGAGUCUAUGGCGCUUGAGAAAUUUGGUCCUCAUCUUCCCACGAUCAUCGAGCCGAAAUUUAUCAAAAAACUCUACGAGCUCUGGGAAUCGAUUAUGCCGUUGAGAUUGAAGCGGCUGAAGAGGGCGAAACUCUAGAGACUGUGAGGACGGGGUAUUGCAGGGCCUACACGUCGCAUUUCCAAGAUGGAGGUUUGUCAUUUCCUCUUCCUCGCUUUCUUCUCGAGGUGCUCGUGGAGCUUGGGAUGGCUUUUGCCCAUAUGGCGCCUAUUUAUGGCGCUAUUUCUUGGCUUCGUGGAUCGAGCCAGGGAGGAGGGUCUCAGGUUCGGUUUUGAAGAAUUGAAACAACAGUUUUGUAUUAAGGGGAAGAAUGGCUUCCCAGGAACAAUGAUUCUUGCCCCUCGGCCUGGCCGUUCUGUUCUAGACGGUAUUCCUAAUAGGGAUGACCGGUGGAGGGAGAAAUUUUUCGUUUUUAAGAUUAAUCCAGCCUCGGUCGGUGACUUCGACUUUGGGACGAUCCCUAGGGUCUGGUCCAAUGAGAUUGGUAGGUUUUUCUUUCUAUUUCCUCUUAGAGGGCUUCACUCUUUGAUUUCUUUUGGUGUUUUAUGACUUCUCUCUGUUUAUUUGCAGAGCCAUUCGGUUCUGCGCCUAUGACUCCCGAGCUUCGGGGGUUAAUUGCCACUUUGAGGCGAGGUAUCCCUCGAUGGCUCGUGUUCACCGUAGAUCGAAUUAAAGCUGCUUACGCCCUUCCGUCGGGCGAGAACCGUGCUACUCCUAUCGGUUCAGUGGUACAUGUUCGACCCCGGAGAGGUUGUCGCGAUAAGAGGGCGAGGGAGAAGGAGGCGCUGCCCAACCGUCCUGAUGAGUCUUCUGAAGUCGGGUCACUGCAGCGAGCUCAGAAAACUCGGCAUGGCGAAGGUACUUCGCAAGUUGACCCGAGCGCUCGUAUUCCGGAUGCGCAGGAGACCUUUUCGUGGAUAUUUUCGUAUGACGAUGAGGUACCGAUCCUCGAGUACCCCGAACGUCUUGCUCUGAUUUGGCGCAAGAUCAGAGAGAAGGGGUGCGAGCUUCCUCCUCUAGAUGAUAUGCGUGAGCGUGAUGCUUAUGUGCAGAUGGCGGUCACGAAUGAUAAGGCUAUGGAGGCGAGUAAUGAAUACGCCGCUUUGAUGGAGAAGCGCUCAGCUGAUAUUCCGUGUAAAGAGGAGGUCGGGGGUCAUCUUCUUAUGAUUCAACAGCUCCGAGGUGAGUUGGAGAUCGUUCGAGUAAUAGAGAAGCAGCGCGAGGUCGAGGUCGAGGGGCUGAAGGGGAAGUUGUUUGCUACUGAGGCGGAGAAGGUCGCUCUUCAGACUGAUCUCGACUCGAUGGAGGAAAAGCAUAGACGGGAGAUUGAGGGUUGCAAGGCGACAGCUCUCAAAGAACGCAAUCUUGCUUGUCGAUCUCUUGCCCAAGAGUAUGACGCGGUUCUUUUCGUGGUGAAGGAUAAGCUCCGGAAGAAAAAGGAAGAGACGGCUGCAGAGAUUCGUUUGCAGGAGGUGCAAGCUCGUAUCGAGGCUUUGACCGAGUAUAUCGAAGACGGUUUCAAGCUCGAAGAGGAAUUGGUGCGUCUUAAAGAUCGGGAGAACUCGCUCGAUCUUGAUUAUGGCAUUGCCUCGGUGUCGGAUUCUUUCCUUAGUUCCCCGAUCUUCCUGAGGUUUCUGGUGAUUCGGUUGACCAAGAAUAACGCGAGUUGUUAGUUUGUUUGCUUUGGAAUUUGUAGUUUUUGUCUUUUGGUUUGUUUAAAAAAACAUAAAUAUGUCUUCAGAAAAUGGAUUAUCGGGUUAAUACCUUUCCUAAUCGAAUGUUUUGUUUAACUUUAGCUA